AGUAGAUCGAGAACCGCCAGGUCCCGAAGACGGAGGCGAUCCAAGUCUCGUCAUGUUCCGCCAAACGCUGUUGGGCCGGCUGCCGCCCCGAAUGUUGCCCCUCGUGGCCGCAGCCCUCCUCGAAGGGAAGGAAAGGAAAGAAACUGGCCUCUAUCACUGGCGGCGUGAAAAGCACCCUUAUUACAAUCUCACUGUAAAAGUCCUCAGAGCCAGGAACAUUAAAGGAACAGAUUUAUUGUCCAAAGCUGACUGUUAUGUGGAAUUGCAUCUGCCAACUGCAUCACCUGUUAUUUACCGAACUCAAGUUAUUGACAACUCCAGUGAUCCAGAAUGGAAUGAAACUUUUCAGUACAGGAUACACGACGCAAUCAAAAACACUCUUGAACUGACUCUGUUUGAUGAAGAUGUUCUUAUAAGUGAUGAGCUUACUUCCGUCGUGUUUGAUGUUACAGGGAUUCAGGUCGGCCAUUCACUGAAAAACACUUUCAAGCUAAAAGAGGAUAAGGAAGAAUUGGAUGUAGAAUUUUUUAUGGAGAAAAGUUCUGAUCCUCCUGGUGAAAUUAUCACAAAUGGGGUCCUGGUGGCUUAUCCUUGCCUUUACUUGCAAGGGAGAAUUAACAAUGAUCAAAAUACAAAGAUGAGAGAACAAGAAAGCAGUCAGUUCAGGCUUUCACUUCCUGGAUCUUAUGAGAAACGGUUAAGUGAGCCAUGCAAGCCAAACUCCGAUCAGUCCUGUGGGAUCCCACUUGUCUUUCACAUAGGCAAACAGAUGUGCUCAGAAUUGAGUGUGGAGCUGGAAAGAACUAUUACAGUCCUUCAGGAUGGAGUGAGUCCUGAAUUGGAAGAACACAGUACUGUUCUUGGAUCAGGGACUAUUCCACUGAAUUUUCUACCUCUGGGAAAGGAAGUUGAUAUAACUGUACCACUUGGAAAGGGACUAAGUGUGGAUCUAAAAGUGAAAGCUGAAGAAAUCACCAAGGAUCUUGAUGUCCGUCUUGGUUUUGAUCUUUGUAAAGAAGAGCGAGAAUUUUUGGAAAAAAGAAAGAAAAUCGUAUCUAAGGGACUAAACAGCAUACUCAAAUUGGGAGAGGACCUCAGUAAUAAUGAGGUACCUGUUGUAGCAGUCCUGGGAUCUGGGGGAGGGGUAAGAGCACUGUCAUCAUUUUAUGGAAGUUUGCUUGGUCUUCAGCAGCUAAAUCUUCUGGAUUCUAUUACAUAUCUUUCUGGAAUUUCUGGUUCUACAUGGUGUUUAUCAGUAUUGUAUCAGGACCACGAAUGGUCACAGAAGGAUCUCAAGCAUCCAAUCAGCAAUGCCCAGGAUAAAAUAUCCAGCAGUAAAGUAGCAGCUUUUUCCUCAGAGCAUAUGAAGUACUAUUUCCAGGAACUGAAUGCUAUGGAAAAUGCUGGGCGGAAGGUAUCUUUCACCGAUCUGUGGGGCCUUAUUAUUGAGUACUUCCUGCAACAGAAGGAAGACCAGUCAAAAUUGUCUGAUCAGCAGGAAGCGGUGAAAUAUGGGCAGAAUCCCUACCCAAUCUACGCAGCUGUAAAUGUGAGGCCCAAUAUUCGUGGUGAUGACUUUGCAGAGUGGUGUGAGUUCACACCAUAUGAAGUUGGAUUCCGCAAAUAUGGUGCUUUUAUUCGAACAGAAGAUUUUGAUAGUGAGUUUUUCAUGGGACGGCUGAUUAAGAAGCAUCCUGAGCCCAGGAUCUGCUAUUUGCAGGGGAUGUGGGGAAGUGCCUUUGCUGCUAGUUUGGACGAUGUCUGUCUGAAGGUAGUUGGCUCAGGAUUCAGCUUUCUGGAAACAUUGGGAGAUGUAAUCAAAGUAAUUGAUGACAGUCGACGAUCUCAUUUCCGGGAUCCUAUGAGGUUGAAGACACGUCUGGUUAUACCAGGUGGACCCUUACUACAGAUUUUCCAGGACUUCUUCAAGUCUCGUGUAACUGCUGGUGAAACAUUUAAUUUCAUGCAAGGUUUAUACCUCCACAGAGAUUAUAUCAGUUUCAAAAAGUUUGUUAUCUCAAAAGAAACACACUUAGAUGCUUUUCCUAACAUGUUGACUCCAAUGGAAGACAAUCUUUACUUAGUAGACGGUGGUUUUUCUAUCAAUUCUCCCUUUCCAUUGCUAAUUCAGCCAGAAAGAGAUGUUGACGUGAUUUUAUCAUUUAAUUAUUCUUGGGAAGCACCAUUUGAGAUCUUGGAGUUAACUGAAAAAUACUGUAGAGAACGAGACAUCCCUUUUCCACAAAUAAUUUUUAAUAAAGAAGAUGAAGAAAGUCCUAAGGAAUGUUACCUGUUUAUGGAUGCUGAGAACCCAAAGGCUCCCAUCGUCCUUCACUUCCCACUGGUUAAUGAUACAUUCCGUAAAUACAAAAUGCCAGGGAUAGAACGUGAAUCAGAAGAGGAAAAGACUUUUGCUGAUUUUCAAAUCGAAGGAAAAGAUUCACCAUACAGGACAUUCAACUUUACCUACACAUCUGAUGAAUUUGACAGACUAGUACAAUUGAAUUGCUAUAAUGUCCUUAACAACAUGGAUGCUAUUUUGAAAGCGUUAAAACUGGGUUUAAGCAAACGAAAACAAAAAGCAGGACCUAAGUGCUUCUUUGAAUACUUACUGUGAAUGAAUUUUGGUUCUUUAUGGAAGAUUGAAGAAGGCCUAACAAACUUUAAAAAAUAUCCUUUUAUGGAAAUUGCAGAUUUAUUUAUUCCAUUGGAAUAAAGGGUGCUUUUAUAUAUUGAAGAAAAUCCAGAGACAUAUUAUGUCAGCUGCAGUUAAUUACUGGGUAGAUGUACAAGUGAAUUUGUUAACCAUAGUUUGUUUAAAAAUCUUCUAGAAGUUCAUUUAAGAUAUUUUUUUACUCGUGUGAUCUAUGGAGUCUUGUUUUUUUAAUGAAUUGGGAGUUAAACUCUAAUGAAAAAGUUUCUGGUUCCCUGAGCUUCCCAUGUUCAAAAUAUGAAGAAAACUAGGUACUGAAUUAAAUUCAUUUUUGAUUUUAUAAAUGAAAAAGCUUCUUCCAAAAGUUACCUUUCCCCCCUCCCAAGAUGGUAGAGGCAGUCUUCUAGCUGAACCCUACGACUUAUGUUUUUUAAUUAAGAAAGAGUAGAAAUAUAUUUUGUUUUAUUUAUCUCAGAAGUUAUAUUUUGGUAUAAAGCUAUAUUUAUUAAAAACAUUAGCUUUCAUUGCCCACUCUUAUAUAGGUAGAUAUCUCCUGAGACAAUGAUGUGACAUGGGUGGGGUGGAGGGAAAGAAGAAAAGUUUGCAGUCUAGCUUUGGACAAACCAACCUAAGAAAAGCCUUGAAACAGUUAUAAAUUGAUUUGGUUCCAGAACAGGACUGUGUGCCAUUAAGGAUAAAGAGAAAAUGGACUAGCAAGACCCUAUUUGAAAAACAGAAAGGCUGUGCUGAAGAUUGCAUGCAUUUCUGUUAUUUUUCCUGUGAGGGAAAAGUAAUUCUUUAGUAGGAAGAAGAAGAAAAAAUGUUAUUUGAAUUAAAAGUUUUACUCUUUACUGUAUAUUUUGUUUAAGGCAGUUUUAAUGGUUAGCAAAUCCUGUGAAACUAUGACUAAUCAAAUUAUGAUUGUGAUUUGUGGAGAUGCUAUUUAUGUCAGAUUAAGGAAUACAAUUAGUAUUCUUUGAAGAUGGAAAUCUUUCAAACAUUCAUCCUAUCAAGUGUAAUUUUACAGGUGAUUAUUUUAACCAAUUUUUGAUUUUUAAGCCAUUGGGAAAAAAAUCUUGACACUUUUCUUGAAAUUACAGGAAUUGACGAUUUUGCUUUUCAUAAGAAGCCUUAUUUUGUGUUUUCCACAAAGAUUUGUUCAUUUUGUUACUGAAACAAUACUUUUGCUACAUAAUAAAAUUAUUUUUUUAUAUGCCAAA